AUGAGCAACCAUGAGUUGACGUUCAACAACGAUUUGCAGAUGCUCCUGGAGACGCAACUGCCGGAAAUACAUGACACAAUAUCGAAACUUCGAAGUGUGCAAUUCAUCAAAGGUGAUGAUAGCAGUAUUGAGGACCUCUGUGAUGUGUUGGAGUGGAUUACGACGCAAAUGAAUAGAAUACUAGAAAUUUUUCCACAGAUUAUUGACUCUACGGGGAUCGAGGUAUCCAGUCUUUUGGAGUACCUUGAUUGGUUGCAAGAGCGCAAGGAGUUAUUGUUUGAGCUUGUAAAUGAUAUUAAUAGCAUAGGACCCUUUUUAUCAGAUAUACUUGAGGGUAUUGAAGCUAAUUUGAACACUGAUCCAAAUAAGUCACUGGAUGAGCAUGAAAUGCAUUUGAUAGACCUGAUAGAGCGUUGUUCCACCCUGCGUGAUGAUCUUGAUCCCUGGCUAAACAAACUGAGGAAAUUGUUGGAUGCAACACUUGAGUUUAAGGAAAUUUCCAAUGAUCACAUGGAUGGGUUAGACAAAGUUGUUUCUGAAAACAUACAGUCAUGUUUCGAUAUACAAGAAGAGCGGUUCACCUCACCUGUACGACAUGCACCCUCAUUUACAUUAGAGCAAAUAGUGGAUUUACUAAAGCAAAACUCAGACUCGAAUGCAAUUUCGGUACCGACAUUUAACAAGCAAGAGAAGCUGAUAUCAGAAAGGUUCUUGGAGUUAAGAAGAAGUGUACCAGCUAUUGAAAAGAGUCUAACUGAUAUUCUACCCAAUAGAAUUGACAAUUUUGCAAGAAGAGACAUGACAAACAUCGAUUCAUUGGCAGAAUUUCUUAGAGAUAAGUACAAAGUAUUGAUGAAGAAGUAUGAGUUCAUGUCAUCUGAGAUAUCUGAACUGAAUGCUGAGCUGAUAGAUAAACGAUGGAACAUUCUUUUUGUAAACUUGAAUCAUGAAAUCAAUUUCAUUCUUGAUGACUAUGAAAAGUUGAAAAAGAAACUGAAUUCCGUGGAAGAAAUUGGCAUAAACGUUCAGAUUAGAGAAAAGAUGAGCCAUCAAAUGACUCAAAAGUCGCUAACUAUCGAAAGAACUUUCAAAGUUAUCUUCAAAGCUCAAGAGUUUUCGUUGCUAGAUGCUGGCAUUGCUUCGAAAACAAAUGAAAUGAAAAACAGAUGGGAGAAGGUUAGAGUAGAUGACAAACUUCUAAGGAGUGUAAGUGUAGAUAGUGGACCUGAGAUAUCAAGUGUGACCAAGGACUUUGAAUCACUGACAUUGAAAAAUGGAAGUUCACACGGCGCUUCAAAUAGAAGAUCUGUUUCGGAAGGUACACCAUCUGCAAGCAGGCAAUUUGGUAGUGUGCUUCUGAAAAGGAUGCGUAUCAAGCCUGUCUCAAACACUAACAAGGACCAAUUAUUGGAUGAUCCAAACCCUUUCUUCGACAAAAAAUCUCGAAAUAGUGGUAAGUUAGUGCUGAACUCCAUUCCGGCUCUUCCUCACAAUAAGGAUCCAGUUACCGAGCCGACCAAAAUAUCAAAACCACAAACAAUCUCAAGUUCUACGCCGGUGAAAACAGCAAAGUCACUUGAAGAGCUAGAAGGUGAAAGGAUCAUGUAUUAUAAAACCCACGGCACUACCAAGCUGCCGUCUUUGAUGAAAAAGGCAGAAAGGACUCAAUUCAGUAAGUACAAAGAAACUGGGACUAUUGCAACUCCACAACGAACACCAAAAUCAAUGAACGCUUGGGGCCCCUCGUCAAAGAGAGGUAAUGUAUUAAGACCACCCACACCACUAUCAGCACUCAUAACCCCUACAUCUUCCAGGAGACGUCCUUUUUGA